CAUCUCUCGGUUGGUAUUAUCGUAUCCCAGUCUGGCGCGCGCUUUAUCGCUCUAUUCCUUGGCUUCCGCUCUGCGAUUUCAAUCGCUUCAAGUUUUCUCGGCACCGAACUGAAACUUGAACUGAAUCUCAGCUUCUUGCUCUGCGAACUGUCGAAGAUGGAAGAGUAUUUGCAGUACAUGAAGACACUGCGCUUACAAAUGAGCGACGUGGAGGAUCAAGUUUCGAAGAUCUCUGUGGAAGAGCACAUGCACUUUACUACUAUUCGAACCAUGGAGAAUGAUCUUACUGCUGCAAAAAGUGAGCUAAAACAAUUCAAAGAAGAUGCUGAGAGAAUGAUGCGGGCAAAGGGUGAAAUAUGCUCCCAGAUAUUAGAACAACAAAGAAAAAUCACCUCUUUGGAGCAUGACAUAUGUACACUUUCACAGACACUCGAGCUCAUUCAGCAAGAAAAAGUCAGCUUAGGAGCCAAAAUUAUUGAGAAGAGUAAUUAUUAUGCCAAAGUUUCUGAGGACAUCAGUCUCAAAUUCCAAGAUCAGCAGGACUGGGUAAAUGCUAACAUGAUCCGCGGAGAAGCGGAAGAGCACGGAUUGGUUAAGUUUGAAACUGCUAAGCGAGGAAGUGAAACGGAAGGAUCUUAUGAUACAGUUGGAGGGAUAUCUGGCACUCGUAUUUACUGCAGUCCUAACAAUCUGGUACUGAACUCCUGCCAUGGACUGGCGAGUGUGUUGAAGCAUAAUGUGCUAUCUAAUGUUGGUUUACAGGUGGAAGAGAGGAAAGAUUUGGAAUCUGCGAAAGACAAACUUAGUCAAGUUUCAAAGAUGAAAUGUGCAGUUGUUUUGGAGAACUCCAAGAUUGGACAGUCAAUUGAGGAAGUUAAGAACGAAUUAAAUGAUUUCAAGCCAGAACUCAGAGCAAUGGAUGAUGUUACAUUGGAGGAAGAGUCCAAGGCGCUCUUAUCAGAUAAAGCUGGAGAAACCGAGUAUUCACGGUCCCUUCAAGACCAAAUUGCAAAACUGAAGGAAAUUUCGCGUGUGAUUAAAUGCACUUGUGGUAAGGAAUACAAGGCUGGAAUAAGCUCAAGUACGUGAUAAUGCAAACAGUCUGUUGUUUGGAAGAGUGAAGAAGAAAUAGGACAAAGCUAACCACUAUGCAGGUAAUUGAGAGGGGAAUAGAUGUUUGAUGGUGAUCUUGUGCUAGAAUCUGUCAAAACUUAAACUUCGCUGAGCGGGUAAUUGCUUCUUUUGCAAUGUGAUAUAUUGUCUCUUAACGAGAGUAAUGUGCUAUGUUCUCAAUCCUAUUGCUGUGGAAAACGUUGCAACUACUCGAGCUAAGAAAUACUUCUGCUUAGUUCAAAAUUCUUCUUCAUUGCAAAACAACGUCGUUGGAUGUAAUACUGAAAUCUAACUAUGUUUACCGUGCUACUUUUGUGCAUAUUAAUGACAGCAAUUUGUUUCGAGAAUU